UUGGCAGGAAGAGCGAGCGAGAGGAGGUGUAUGAUGUCAACACUAGAAUGAUCGUCUCGGUCUGACGAUCGCAAGGCCUUUAUAAAUCAUCGAUUCAUUGAUGUGAAUACUAAUGGCCCGGUGGGAUUUUAUCAGUAAUGGUCUGCUUCAUCUCAGUGGUGGUCGUUGUGUGGGCUCCGUCCUUUAAGGCGCAUUGCAGCUUCGCUCAACGACUCCAGUAUCCGCUGCAGCAUCCGGAGGAGUCCAGAUUCUACUGGGUGUUUGACCAGCGAUCAAAAGACAUGAAGAAUCUGGGACAGAACUCUCUCUCUUUACACAUUUGAGCCGGGUCUGUGUCAGGUGAGCUGCAUGGGUUACACGCAGGGUCCAGAAAUAAACCAGCCGAGCUAGGAUUGCGAAAGGACCAUGUUGUGCUCAGAACGUGGUGUGGUGGAGGAAUGGCUGUCAGAGUUCAAGACGUUACCUGAUGUGCAAAUCCCCAGCUAUGUGGACAGCCUGAGUCUGAAGAAAGCUCUGGUACCUGCUCUUUAUGCUAUUAUACAGGAACAACCCAGCAGUGAGCUGCUGGCUCCGGUGUGUCAUCAGUUGUUUGAGUUAUACCGAAGCUCAGAGGUGGGUUUGCGUCAGUUUACGCUGCAGUUCCUCCCUGAACUCAUAUGGGUGUACCUGCGUCAUUCUGCCAGCAGAGAGCGCUACCGCAAUGGCUGUGUGGAGGCGCUGCUCCUGGGCAUUUAUAACCUGGAAAUCGUGGACAGUAAAGGAAACGGCAAACUGUUGUCCUUUACCAUACCGUCCCUCUCCAAGCCUUCCAUAUACCAUGAGCCCUCUUGUCUGGGGUCUAUGGCUUUAACCGAGGGAGCCCUAAACCAGCACGACCUCAUUCGGGUAGUCUACAGCGGCCUGCUUUCACAGAGGGAGACGCUUACAUCGCAAAACAGAUUUGAGGUGCUGUCUUUUUUAAUGCUCUGCUACAACUCAGCUGUGGUCUACAUGCCUGCGUCGUCCCACCAAUCAGCUUGCAGAAUGAGCUCACGGCUGUGUGUGAGCGGUUACCCCCGGCAGCAGCAGAAGUCAUGGAAGGAGUCAUGCAACCGUGUGCGUUUGGACCCAGAGUUUAUGGUGCAGAUGCUAACUGCGGUUUAUUAUGCCAUUUAUAAUGGGCAGUGGGAUCUGGGGAGGGAAGCUUUGGAUGACAUCCUCUACCGAGCACAGUUAGACCUCCAUGCCCAGCCAAUACUGGUGGCAAAUGCAAUUAGUCGCUCACUUCCGUCCCGGCCUCCAGAGGGCGCACGGAACCUUCUGGAAGUGGAAGUUACGCCUGCUGGAAGGUGCAUCUCAAAGGCAGCCAUCACGGCUGCUUCCAUUCGACGGCUUCGCUGGAAACGAGAGGAUGUUGAUGGAGUGAGCUGUGGAGAGGAUUCUUUUGACCCAGAUGAAGGUUUCUCCUCUGGGGCUUCCAGCAGCAGCCAACCCAGCAGCGUGAAACGCGACUGGGUCACAACAGGGAUCCGACCGUCCCGCGAUCUUGGAGCCAGGCAGAGAGAGAGCACGUCGGCCGACACCAGAGCCGCCCUCCGGAGCCUUCACCAACGGCACCAGUCCCCUCCCCCUGCUGUCAGCCUACGUACCGCAGUAGGAAGUCGCAGCCCGAGUCCCAGCGUUCCUAGACGGUUCCUUGAUCCUCAUUACAUUCCUCCUUUUGCUGGUCCACCACCCAAAACUGCCAGCACGUCUUCUAGCAAGUCCCUUGACUGUACAGGACUGAAUGGUUCAUCAGGGCCUACUGAUAGCCUAUCUCUAGGAAGUCUCAGUGCAGACAGGGCUCAUUAUAUGUCAGCCAUCAGCUUGCAAGAAGAGCGUCUUGGGAGAACAGCAAGGAGCCAAGAUCUCAUCUCCCCUGGGAGUCAGUUUUCGUCUGGAAGUCCUUUGUCCAAACAGUCUCGUUCACCCAGUUUUAAUAUGCAGAUUAUAUCACAAGUGUAGAAUGAUUUGGAAGGCUGGGUUGUGUGUGUGCAUGAGUGAGAGAGAGAGAGAGAGAGAGAGAGAGAGAGACACAAAGUGAGUUCGGUGACGAAGCUUAGAAAAGGUUCAACAUGCAUGAGUAUGAGCAUGCUGUCUUACGGUCCAGGUGUGAAUGCGUUGCGAAUGGGAGUGUGCGCAUACCUGUGCUCAUACACUUUUAUCCUUCCAUUAUGCAUUAUGGGUUUGUCGAGGAGGAAAUGUGUUUUGCACAAUAUUUCCCCUAGUUGACACGUUCAGAAGUGCACAUGGUCAGAGACUAUUUAAAUGUGCCAUACAAACAUACAAUAACAACACGGUGUUACUUUGAAAGUAACGUGUUACUGUAUCAGAGCAAUUCAAAACAGACAAUCACUGUCGAUCCAUAGAAAAAGGCCUGAUAGUGCAUGAUCCAAAGACUUUCAUCCAGCCCAGCUGUAGGAUGUCCUGAAGAAAACCCCUUUCCAUUUCACUGUUUCAGUUGUGCUGAUUGAGCCUGCUUGUCGUUGCCUGUGCUCCAACCACCAUAGAUAAUAAAUACAUUGUGUGGACUGCCUCAAUGAAACGCUUCAUUGUGAAAUGAAAAUCAUGGUAUAUGUUGUACUUUGGAACAAGUUUAUAUUUUAAAUUGUGUAUAUUUGUGUAUAUGAUUAUUGUACUAUAGAAAGAGUAUAUGCUAACAAAAUCUAUAUUGCGUGUACAGAUAGGACCCUAUGUAUUGAAUGGUAAAUAAAUGUGCUGUUCAUGGG